CUGGGCCCGGCCAGUUGGGGGGCGUCGCGAUGCUGCUGCGCCUGCUGCUGGCCUGGGCCGCGGCGUUGCCCACGCUGGGCCAGGCCCCCUGGGCCACCAAGCCCCGCGCUGCCUGCAGCCCCGGCAGCUGUUAUGCGCUCUUCCCGCGGCGCCGUACCUUCCUGGAGGCCUGGCGGGCCUGCCGAGAGCUGGGGGGAGACCUGGCCACACCUCGGACCCCGGAGGAGGCCCAGCGCGUGGACAGCCUGGUGGGCUCCGGCCCGCCCAGCCGGCUGCUGUGGAUCGGGCUGCAGAGGCAGGCCCGACAAUGCCAGCCGCAGCGCCCUCUGCGCGGCUUCACGUGGACCACGGGAGACCAGGACACGGCCUUCACCAACUGGGCCCAGCCAGCCACAGGCGGGCCCUGCCCGGCCCAGCGCUGCGCGGCCCUUGAGGCGAGUGGCGAGCAUCGUUGGCUUGAGGGCUCGUGCACGCUGGCCGUCGACGGCUACCUGUGCCAGUUCGGCUUCGAGGGCUCCUGCCCAGCGCUGCCCGUUGAGGCGGGCCAGGCCGGCCCAGCUGUCUACACCACACCCUUCCACCUGGUCUCCACUGAGUUCGAGUGGCUGCCCUUCGGCUCCGUGGCUACCGUGCCAUGCCAGGCUGGCAGAGAAGCCUCUCUGCUCUGCGUGAAGCAGCCUGACGGUGGUGUGGGCUGGUCGCGAACUGGGCCCCUGUGCCCAGGCACCGGUUGCGGCCCGGACAAUGGGGGCUGUGAACACGAGUGUGUGGAGGAGGCGGAUGGUCGGGUGUCCUGUCGCUGCACCGAGGGCUUCCGGCUGGCAGAGGACGGGCGCAGCUGCGAGGACCCCUGCGCCCACGCCCCAUGUGAGCAGCAGUGUGAGCCUGGAGGGCCCCAGGGCUACAGCUGCCACUGUCGCCUGGGUUUCCGGCCAGCCGAGGAUGAGCCGCACCGCUGCGUGGACACGGAUGAGUGCCAGAUCGCGGGUGUGUGCCAGCAGAUGUGCGUCAACUACGUCGGUGGCUUUGAGUGCUACUGCAGCGAGGGCCACGAGCUUGAGGCUGAUGGCAUCAGCUGCAGCCCCGCUGGGGCCAUGGGUGCCCCAGCUUCCCAGGACCUUGGUGACGAGCUGCUGGAUGAUGGGGAGGAUGAAGAAGAUGAAGAUGAGGGCUGGGAGGCCUUCGAUGGUGGCUGGACCGAGAUGCCUGGGAUCCCGUGGAUGGAGGCCACGCAGUCAUCUGACUUCGGCCUCGCCUAUAGACCGAGCUUCCCGGAGGACGGAGAGCCACGGAUGCCCUACCUGGACCCCACCUGGCCACCUCCACUGAGCGCCCCCAGGGUCCCCUACCACUCCUCAGUGCUCUCUGUCACCCGGCCCGUGGUAGUCUCCGCCCCACGCCCCACGCUGCCUUCUGCCCACCAACCCUCUGUUAUCUCUGCCACUCGCCCACCCCUGGCUCCUGCCCCUCAGCCCCCUGUGAUGCCUGCUGUACAUCCAGCUUUACCCUCUGACCACCACUUCCCCAUGAUCUCCGCCAACUAUCCAGAGCUGCCAUCUGCCCACCGACCCCCCACUGUCUCUGCCAUGGACCCGGGACCGACCCCUGCUCAGCAGCCCCCAAUUAUCUCAGCCAAAUAUCCCGAACUGUCCCCUGCUCACCAGUCUCCCAUGUACCUGGAUAGCCAGGUCGUUGAUUCCCAGGCCACCACUCAUUUGCCUCGAAUUCCAGCUAUCCACACCUCUCUGGUCACCACCUCCAGUCCCCGUGAACCCCCUGUGACCCCAGAUGUCCCCGUCCUCAGAGCCCAGACCACCCACCUUCCCAUGACUUCCUCUGUCCAGCCUCCUCUGACCACUACCUCCAGGUCCCCUUUGCCCCCUGCCCCUCAAGUCCCGGUACCUGCUGCCACCCACCCCCCAGCCUUCCACACUCCCUCUCCCCCUCAGAGCCCCACGAACCAGUCCUCCCUCAGCAGCUCCAUACAUCCCCAUUCCAAAGCCCCACACGUCCCAAGGGAAGGGGCCCCUGAUCCCAAUCUGGCCCCAUGGCUGCCCUCAGCAGCCCCCACAGCCCUGGGGGAGGCCAGCUCAGCAGGCCGCAGCCGGAGGGAUGAUCGGUGGCUGCUGGUGGCACUCCUAGUGCCAACAUGCGUCUUCUUGGUGGUCCUACUUGCACUGGGCAUCGUGUACUGUACCCGCUGUGGCCCUCACGCGCCCAAUAAGCGCGUGACUGACUGCUAUCGCUGGGUCACCCACGCUGGGAGCAAGGGCCCUACGGAACCCGCGCCCCAUCGGGGCAGCCUCACAGGGGUGCAGACCUGCAGAACCAGCGUGUGAUGGGGCGCAGCCCCCCCCCAUGCGGGGUGGGGGGAAGGGGCACGCAUUGGACACACAGCCCAGGCUGCACCAGGGACCCACGGGGGCUGCCCAGCUGGACAGAGGGCUUCCUGCUCCUCCCGGGCCCAGCCAGGCUCCUUUCUCAGUCCACUGCCUGACUUGACUGUUGGGAACCCUGUUUCCUGGCCCAGCACUCACAACCGAGGAGAUGCCGAGGCCCCCAGGACCUCAGGGGGUGGGUGCUGGGGUCUUCUCCAAUAAACAGGGUGCCAACCUCA